AUGACAUUAUUCAAAUUGAAAUCAGCAACCACAAUACUCAUUGAAGAAGAUUACAACAGGAAUUGCUUACCUCUUCUUGAAGAUUUAGUUCAAGGUGAUGAUAUUUUAAAUAUACUUUGUUUUGAACAGCCAGUGGCUGCAUGGCAGGAUACCUUUGUAAAUAAAAGAGUUCACUGCUUGAGUGAAUAUACGGAUAAGAUUUUAAAAACGAAUGAAAAAAGUACAGUAAUAAUUGAUUCUGUAAAUCAACUAGCUCUAUCUUUGGGCUGGAAGCAAUGUCUUAGGCAUUUAAGAACAUUUCAACUUGAUUCCUACAUUACAAAACUAAUAAUAAUUUUACAUAAGGAUUGUAUUUUGCUGAAUUCAAAGCUUCAAAUACAGUUGAACCACUUGGCGCACGCGAUUAUAAGUUUUGAUUCUAAAUGUUGUGAUAAAUUAAAUAUUCAGAUUAAAAAAGCUGGAAAAUUCAUUAAGAGUGAGGAAAGUAUUAUGUAUGACUCAAAAGCAAACUGUAUAAGACUUACUCCUAUAAUCAAACAGAGCACUAAAAGCGAAGAAGAAAAGGUUGCCCCAGCUAAUCUUACAACAUUUAAAAUAGAGACAGAUCAAAUCCAUCAGUUGGAAAAGAACAAACUCAAACUGCCCUACAUGAGUAAAAUCAACGAAGGCCAAGGCAGAGUAUUUUACGAGCCCGAUGCAGUUGAUGAUUGGGAUGACGAAGACCCGGAUGACGAUUUGGAUAUUUAA